AUGAAAAUAGUCACUCUCUCUACACUUCUUGCGUUGACGUCUUUGCUUGUAGUGUGUUCCUCGCAUUGGAAUCCUCCCAUCCUAUCUAGACGGCGACUACUUCCGCGAGAUUAUAGAAGCCCGAAGAACCUCGAUCCAGAGCGGGACAAUAUCGACAGACUCAACUGGAGCCCUCUUGAAGACCCUGACGCUGUACCGCACUUCGUCAUGCCUCCCUCUAAAGAAGCUGCUAGGAGCAGUGUCCGCGUUUCGGAUAUCCUGGGAAAGACUCGAGAAGCUAACAUUUUCGCCUCCAUGACCCGAGAUGAUGAAAAUAUUUCAAACCGUCUGGACAAUGAUAGCCAGGAUACGAUAGUUUUAGCCCCGAAUAAUGUUGCUGUCCAGGGCUUACCCCAUAAACCAUGGGAGAACCCAAGUGAAUAUGCAACCUUUGGAGUUCAGAAUGCGUACGAGGGAGAAUCCGGGAAGAAACGAGCAAACCAGAACUUGGAGAAGUUCAUCUCCGCUCAUUUGAUACCACAGGGCUCUUGGGAAGCUGGCAAGGAAAUUCAAACUCUGGGGGGUGGGAAGAUUUUCUGGGAAGAGAAGGAUGGAAAGAAAUACGUCGCUAAUGGCGAAGUUUGGGUUAUCAAUGGAGUUCUCAACUACUUGUGA